CUGGGAGCUAGCACUUGGCCUCCUCUCUCGGGGUCGUUUUUCGAGCCGCACGCCCCCUCUCGCCCCGAGCGCGGCCCCUCCCACAGGGCUACGACACCGCGGUUGACCUGUCAGCUCUGCCUACGUCGUCUAGCGAUAUCCGACACAGCACUCGUUUCGCAAGCGCGCGGCCAGACAUGCCCCUCAACUUCGCCGUGCGCGAGUCCCAGGCCUCGCCCUCUGUCAGCCUCGAGAAGGGCGCGUACCGCAUGCGCGCGCCCUUGCGGCGUUCUGUCCUGGCAGCCUCGCUCACCGUCGACACCGCUCUUGCGAAUACGAAACCACCACGGCCACACUCCCGGUCGCGCUGCAGUGCCCAGGCCGCGAGUCGCGACGGCCUGCCGCAGGUCUUGCGCGAGGAGCGUCAGCUGGCUACGCUCGUUGUCCUCCUGGUGUGCGCGUCGGUGGCGUGCUUUGGUGGGGCGUACUAUCUGUUUACGACCGGUCCGCGGAUGUAACAUUGCCAGCGACGUGCUUCAUGUCUUCACUUGAUCUUCCCGGGGACUCUGGAUUUCAUAUCUAGGUUUAUUGCUCUCCGAAUACUAUCUCUCGUGCCAC